AUGACGAAUUACACCGCCGAGAAGCAGGUCUGGAUGGAGAAGAUCGAGAUAGAGGAGGUCGUGACUGGAGACCUCCAGCCCCUACGGAUAGUCCGGGAAAUUAUAGCUAUCGUGGGGGUGAUUACCAUAGGAAUGAUAGCCGCAGGAACCAUGGGUAUCAUGGCAAUGAUAGUAAUCAUGGGUACCACGUCAACGAUAGCAACCGCGGGAAUUAUGGCCCAGAUGGCAAUGGGCGUCGUCAUGCCUACGGAAGUGGGGAUUUAA